AUGCUCCCUGUCCAGACACAGCCGCCCUUUUCCUUUGGGUGCGUCCUGGCCAUCCCGGAGUGGCCGGCAACAGGAAUACCAGUGCUGUUUGUUUGUUACCACAGCCCUGUCCGCAUCUUCGCAGAGUUUGUCCCAGCCAGCCUCUCAGUUGGAGACGUUUAUCGUCUGGCUGGGAUUCAAGAGGAUGACCGGACGCAGAUUUUCGUCAAGGAUGUCCCCUGGGCUGUGCCAGCCGAGGCUCGCAUUUUUGUCCAGCCGGGCGACCUUAUCUCCAUUUGCCCUAUGGAACAUGCUCUUGCACCACCGUUAGACUUCGAACAGAUGUUUCAGGCACACACAGUUUGGCACGAGGAUCCGGUCUUCCCCAUGCCAGCCGAAGAUGGAGUCUGGUUGCUCACCAAUCAGCUCCACCAGAGAUUUGCCGCACGCCGUCCCUACCGUACUCCGAUGUGGGUGGUAGUAGCACAGUACCUUGGCAUCUCUCCUACCUCACUGACCUCUAUGCCAGCAUGGCCUCCGAUUAGAAACCACUCGCAUCGUGGCCUGGCCUCAAAACAGGUCUUUCUUGCUGUCCGAACCCCUGGCUCGGGCCGUGUUCCUUUUGUCCUGGACUUGCGUCCGGUCCUUCUGGGGAUCUCGUGGGCCUCUGCGCCCGAUGGCAUUGUGGACGUGACAGAGAUAUGUAACAGGCAAACACACCGGUGUCCACCCGGACACUGUGUCCGUCUGCAUGGGGGGACAUCGGCACCCGAUUUGGCGAACCAUUUCCGCCGCGUUCAUGCCGGCCAGACUCUUACCAUUGAGUUUGCCCCGCGGUGGUACCGUGGGGUCGAGCCACUCAGUGGGCCCGGCGGCAAUGGGGACCAACCCGACGCAGAUGAUAGGAAUGACGAUGACACACAGCCCCCGGAUGACUCUGACGGCCCUCCCACAG